UAUGCCGAAUCAACCGGAUUGGCUAGGUAUGCGGCAUGUAUGCGGCAAAGUUUUGUUCUUGUGUGUUUAUCAAAUUAUUCAAUGUCGUGCUUGAAUAACAGCUGCAGCAUCCUUAUGCCGCAGUUAGUUUUAUGUGUUAGUUCCUCGUGGCGGUGAUAUGUGUUAUUAUAUUAAAAAUAUUGCAUUUAUUAAUGUUCAUUCUUUUAUUUCGGAUGAUAAGUUUUCGGAUGUGUGACAAAAAUAUUACGAGUUACAAAUUCGCAAGCAAAAUAUUUACGUAAAAUGGGCGAUGAAUGAAAGACGGUUAAAAUUGUGUAUUACUGUGAUAAAAACUGUUAAGUUACGAUUGAAAAAAAUAUUGUAGCUAGGUAGAAAAACAAAAUGACUGUAACAUAUACUGGUGAAGUUGCAACUUGUCGUGGAUUUGGGACCUUUUUGAAACUUUUAUAUAGAUGGAGAGGAAGCAUUUACAAGUUGGUGUGGCUGGAUCUCCUAUGUUUUCUACUUUUUUACUACAUUUUAAAUUUGACUUAUCGUUUGCUGCUAGAUGAGCAUUCAAAAAGACUAUUCGAAGGCGUGGUGAACUACUGCAGCUACCACGGCAAUGUGAUCCCGUUGUCGUUCGUGCUGGGGUUCUACGUCACGGUGGUCAUGAACCGCUGGUGGAGCCAGUACACCUCCAUACCGUGGCCUGAUUCCAUCGCCGUGUUCGUCUCCGCCACCGUCCACGGGCAGGACGAGCGCGGGCGGCUGAUGCGCCGCACGAUCGUGCGCUACGUGUGCCUCUGCCUCACCAUGGUGCUCAGCAUGAUCUCGCCCCGCGUCAAGAAACGGUUCCCCACGCUCGACAACUUCGUCGAGGCCGGCCUACUCCUCGACAAUGAAAAGAUCAUCAUGGAAAACCUUAACGAGAAAUUUCCUAAGCCUUCAAAACAUUGGAUGCCCAUAGUGUGGGCCGCUAGUAUAGUGACGAGAGCCCGGAAAGAGGGCCGAGUACGGGACGACUUCGCCGUCAAAACUAUUUUAGACGAACUCAACAAGUUCAGGGGACAGGCUGGAUUAUUGCUCAGCUACGACACUAUUAGUGUACCUCUUGUAUAUACUCAGGUAGUUACCAUUGCCGUAUACUCAUACUUUAUUACGUCUGCCUUGGGCAGUCAGUGGGUCGACAACAAAAUACACGUUUCUGGCGACGAUCGCAUCGUUAAUAUAGACCUCUAUUUUCCUAUAUUCAGUACGCUAGAGUUCUUCUUUUAUAUGGGCUGGCUAAAAGUGGCCGAGUCUCUGAUAAACCCCUUCGGUGAAGACGACGAUGACUUCGAAGUGAACUGGUUGAUCGACAGAGAUUUGCAGGUUUCAUACAUGAUUGUGGACGAGAUGCACCACGAGCACCCGGAGCUGAUCAAGGACCAGUACUGGGACGAGGUGUUCCCCUCCGAGCUGCCGUACACGCUGGCCACGGAGAACGCGCGCGAGGAGCACCCGGAGCCGUCGACGGCGCGCGUGGCCGUGCCGCCGCGCCAGCGCAGCAUGGUCACCAUGGCGCCCUCCGCCGUCAAGAUGGACGAGAUGGCCCCCUCGCACACCGUGAGUUACAAGUUCGCCCCGCCCGAGCAACUUCAAAUGAACGACGAUGCCCAAUCGGGUAUCCACUUCAUGGUCGGGUCCCGGGGUAGCAAGCGCGGGAAGAAAGAGGACAGGAACUCGAUGGGGCUGGGCUCCAGCAACUCCAUGGCGUCGCUGCAGCAGACCCCAAUCACGCGGACCAACUCGGUCACCUCCAUGCUGAAGCGGCUCUUCUCGAAGGAGGACCAGCGACAGACGCCCGUGCCGAACCAAGUGCAGACCGACGGAGUGGGACGGUUCUCAAUAUCAGCCAGCAACCCGACGCUGAACAAGCCGGCGCCGGGCGGCGGCAGCAUGAAGAUCGCCAACGAGGUCAUCGAGGAGGUGGACGAGCAGGCCACCAUCACCAGCAUGGCCAAACGGCCGGAGAACAGACCGACAGCGCAGAGCUUGUUCGCACAGGGGCCGCCGCCCCCCAGCGAGCCGGUUAACGUCCCCUACAGGAACUCCUACGUUAAAAACAACAGCCAGCUGUCGUCGUCGGCGCCGACGCAGUGGGCGGCGCCGGCGCCGGGCAGCCCGGCCGCCACGCUGUCCACGCAGCCCUCCUUCGUGUCCGAGCCCGAGCCGCGCGCGCGCCUCGACAGCGACGUGGGGCCCUCGCUCAGCGCCGCCGGCAGCCAGACCUUGUUGGACGAGACGGACGGCGACGGCGAGGAGGACUCGUUCUCGCGGCUGCGCGCGGCGCGCGAGGCGGCGCGGCGCGACAAGUACCUGCAGAAGCUGCUCGCGCGCUCCGUCAGCGCGCAGCAGCCAGUUGGUAGUAUAGAAAUCCUAGACAACGAAAUUUUACUUGUCGAACUAUUGGAUGCACAAGCAGCUCUAAACAGCCAGCAAGAAAGCAAAGACUCCAAAGAGGAAACUACUUGACAAAGCAAAAGUUCCAUUUUCCAGUGGGAUUGAUUUUUACCUUCGCACAAUUUCAGUAUUAUUAUUGUGAUACUUUUAAUUACGGAGUAUUUGUAUUAUUUGGAAUCAUGUCAAUCAGAUUGAUGUAAAUAUUUAUAAUAAGAGAAACUUAUUUUAUGCUUUUAACGUGAAUUGAAUACGUUUGUUAAGGUGCUUUGCUACCAAACAAAAUUUAAUAGGCGCACCACACACGAGCUGUAUUUCAGUUCAGCAUACAAAAAAAAAACGUGCCAUAGACAAUAUCUGAAUUUGUUUUGUGACUCGUGACCAGUGAUUCCGGUGCGGAAUUUGUGAAAUUUCAACCCGUGUUUGGUGUACCUAAGGCGAGGAUAUGUUAGUGACGUUAGUGUCCUGUCAAGUCAAGAGCUACUUUUUAUAAUACGCCAAAACGAUCUAUUAUAGCCGUAACACACUACCGCACCGCGACCUUGGUGCAGUACGGUAGUGUGUUACGGCUUUUACAAAUGAGAAACGAAGGUGGUUACGUCUUGUGAUGAGUUUUUGUUGAUUUUAUAAUGUAAGUGUAAGUGCAAAAAUAUGUUUGCUCAUGUUCUGUGUGUUUCCGUAAAUUCGAUUCCAUGAUGAAUGUAAAACAAUUCAUUAUAUAUAUAGGACACGGACCAUCGCAUUGAUAUUUGAUACAAGGUAAUUAUUAUUUAAAUUUCCUGCUUCAAUAACGCCUCGUUAAUCUAUGUCAAUAAAUGUGGUAUUCCACUUGUCUAAGAUCUUUGUCCAAUGCGACUCAUAUUAUUUUUGCAAAUGCAUAUUAAAUAAUGAUCUCGGACAAAUACCACCCUUAGCCCCCAUUCCCACGGGCGCUUUUACAACGCGCGUUUAAAAUGCGUCUGAAUGACCCAAAUGGAUACAUGUGUAUUUAUUCACACGACAGCGGUGGCGCUUUUUAUCAAGCGUUGUUGGAUUUUCGACUUUAAGCCUUGGUCGUUAAAUCGAAUUUAAGAGUGCGGACAGAUUCAAGCGCUUUUUAACGCGCGUUGAAAAAGCUCUCGUGCGAAUGGGGGCUAACAUAGGUUGGGUGCAUCAACUUUUUCUUGUAACUUUUCAAAUAUACAUAAGAGUCGGGCCAACAAAAGUCUGCAGCGGAUUUGAUAGCCCACGCAGUGUAAGCGUUAUUUACACGUCAUAAUUUCAUAGAAGUUUGACGUUUAAAAUAAGACGUACACUGUGUGGGCUAUCAAAUCCGCUGCAGACUUUUCUUGGUCUGACUAUAUGUCCCGUCAGCAAAAAAAUGUACAGUUCCUGCUAAUAUGGUUAGCAGAUGGCCCAGCGUGGAGGUCUUAAAACUACACAUUUGUUUAAUUUCAAAUCAUUACAAUAUAAAGCCCCACAUUCACACUCCUACCUUGUAGUCCGCCUCGCAGGACUACGGCGUAGGAUAUAGCUCACACCAUCCUACGCUGUAGGUCGCCUUGCAGGACUACGGAGCAAGAAAUAGCUCACACACGGUACUGUUUUGCCGUCCAUUCACCAGUACUGCUUCGUAUCUCACAAGUGUCGGUCUACUUACCUACUCUUGAAAAUGUGACGUGCAAUUAAAAAAAAAAAGAAAAUAGCUCUUCUGCUAUGUAUUUUUUGUUAUUGGAUAAAAAUAAAAAAGAGUGGGAAAAGAAACUACGAGCCGUCCUAUAAACGGCUAAACGGUAGGACGGCUCGUAGUCCGCAACCCCCAUACACAAUCCUACCCAACGAGGCGGCCUACACGGUAGGAGUGUGAAUGUGGGGCUUAACCAAGGCAACAUCCACAGAAAAGUUGAUCCACCUGUCAAAGUUUUUAAAUUACAUUUGUUGCAACUUUAUAAUAUAUAUUUUACUAUUAAGACAUAAAUCAUAUUUUGACUAAUUGGCCUAAUUUUUUUAUAAAUCAAUAAGAAUGAAAUAAAGAAAAUAGCAGGAGUUAA